AUGGUGAAUGGAGAAACUAACACUGGUUCCAAAAUUCUUGAUAAUGAACAACUAUAUGAUGUUUUCCUCAAUUUUAGAGGAGAAGAUACUCGGAAGAGCUUCACGGGUAAUCUGUUUCAUGCUUUGCACAACAAGAGAAUCAAAACCUUCAUGUAUAACGACAACCUCAAGACCGGUAACCAAAUUUUAGCCUCCAUUUUCAAAGUAUUGAAACAGUCAAGGAUUUCAAUUGUUGUUUUGUCAAAAAAUUAUCCAUCUUAUGCACUUUGUCUUGAUGAACUUGUCAAGAUAAUCGAGUGCAGAGAGAGGAAUAACCUACUGGUUUUGCCGAUCUUUUAUGAUGUUGAUCCUUCCGAUGUAAGACACCAAAGAGGUAGUUUUGGCCAUAACAUUUCUCAUCAUGAACAUAAGCAUGGAAUAGAUGGAAUAAAGAGGUUUUACCGAUCUUUUAUGAUGUUGAUCCUUCCGAUGUAA